UCAAAACAGCUGUUUGCAGAAUUAAAAUCGCAUUGCCGCUACAUAAAACACGCCAAGAAAAUGAUGCAACAAAGUAAACGUAUUCUUAAGCCUGCAUUGAAUGCACUUUGGAAUUUACCGGCACGCGGUGCUGCCAGUACAACGGGAGGCGCACCCGCCAAAAUUGAAAAAACUGUUAACACUGUGACAGUUUUGGGGCGUGUGGGUGCCGAUCCGCAGUUGCGCGGCUCCCUGGAGCAUCCGGUUGUAACAUUCUCGGUGGCCACACACACAAAUUACAAAUAUGAAAACGGUGAUUGGGCUCAACGUACCGACUGGCAUCGCGUGGUGGUCUUCAAGCCCAAUUUGCGCGACACAGUGAUGGAGUACCUGAAGAAAGGGCAACGCACCAUGGUUCAGGGCAAGAUUACAUAUGGAGAGAUCACCGAUCAGCAGGGCAAUCAGAAGACGAGCACCAGUAUCAUUGCCGAUGAUGUGCUCUUUUUCCGCGACUCUCACUAACCUACAUCAUAAUACAAACCAAACAUCAUUCUUAUCUGUACAUUAUUAAGAACAAAGUUGAACUUGAUUUGCAUUUACAUACAUAUGUAUCAUAUUCAUUUUAUAAUUGGUUAUUUUUUAAAUACAUUAAAAUUAUGCU